AUGUCCACUACUCGCAACAAUGAUAACCCUGGCCAAAGCGCCAGCCCAGUGCACCCUAGUACCCCGAAUGCCACUCUGCCCUGUGACUAUGCUGAUCUCCAGAGCCAAAUCCCGCCCACUCCGGACCAUCUGAUUGCCACAGUCGCCCAAAACCUUGGCGAUAGCCCUCGUGGUCAACCAAUGCGCGUCUACCUGCCAGACGGUAUUGCUGCCCCCUCUUUACCUCCGGUGCCUGCCCCGUCCCGCUUCCGUGACGUUGACCCGCACCCGCUCCGAUCUCCUUGGCCCGCGGAACCCAACACUAACUUCGGCCCGCUGAACAACUCCCCGCGCUGUCCUCACCAGGAUGUCUUCCCUUGCUUUUGUCGCCGCAACACGGAUCGCCGUGGUUUGGCCUGCCAGCGCUGCCGCUUUGAUCACUGCUCCGUGUAUUGCUUACUCCAGCGCGGAUCCGUAGAGGAGCUCGAGUGCGUACUUGUGGCCGAGCUAGCUCGCGAGCGUGGUGCCCAACAAUUCGAGCAGGAGCUUCGGUUUGCACUGGCCGCUGCUCGCCUGCGCGAGGCUGCUCCUGCUGACCCUGCUGAGCUGCAGCGUAUUGCCGAGGCCGGGCUGAUUGAGCUUGAGCGCCUUGACUUUGCUGCGGCGGAUAGACAUGGCACCGAUUCGGCUUGA